GCAUGAGCACUUCCUACUUGUCUCUGUUUACAGUGUUAUGCUGCAUUUUUCUUCGUGCUAGCAUAAAUGAGGCAAACGAAGCCAACAAACUGAGAGAGUUCAUAAAAAAUGAGAGAUCGUCGGGUUCUUCUUCUCCUGAAAACUAUUCAUUGCUUGAGUUUUUGUCGAGCAAGUCCUUUUCUCCAGUCUAUAUUAGUCCUCAUGAAGGGAUGAUGGAUGCCGAUAAGAUUGAUGAGUUGCCAGGCCAACCAACAGCGGUUGAUUUUAAUCAGUAUGCAGGUUAUGUGACCGUCGAUCCAAAUCAUGGAAGAGCACUGUUCUAUUAUUUCGUUGAGUCUCCUCAAAAUUCUUCUAGCAAGCCUCUUGUGUUAUGGCUCAACGGAGGACCUGGAUGCUCUUCUUUGGGCUAUGGAGCUAUGGAGGAACUAGGGCCUUUCAGAGUAAAUAGCGAUGGCGAAACACUUACAAGAAAUUACUAUGCGUGGAACAAUGUUGCAAAUAUCCUAUUCUUGGAGUCACCAGCAGGAGUUGGCUUCUCAUACUCAAACACAAGCUCAGAUAUUCAUCAGAACGGAGAUAAAAGAACUGCAGUUGAUUCCUAUGCCUUUCUAAUAAACUGGUUAGAGAGGUUCCCACAAUACAAUGCACGUGAUUUUUACAUUGCAGGAGAGAGCUAUGCAGGUCAUUAUAUACCUGAACUUGCUCAACUUAUCUUGGAGAAUAACAAAAUCACCAAUCAGACAUCCAUUAACCUCCAUGGUGUUGCUAUUGGGAAUGCUUACAUUGAUCAAACUUCCAAUAUGAUCGGAACAAAUGCUUACUAUUGGACUCAUGCUCUAAUCUCGGACGAUACAUACGAUAUAAUUCGUUCAACUUGCAAUUUUAGCAAUCCAUUUUACUCUGUUAAAUGCGCGGAUGCUCUUAACAAAGCUGAUAAUGAAAUCGGAGAUAUAGACUUGUAUAACAUUUAUGCUCCCCGCUGCCAUGGUACAAAGAGCUCAUCGGGGGUUUCGAUGGCAGAUUUUGAUCCAUGUUCGGAUAAUUAUGUACACAAAUACCUGAACAACCCUUUUGUUCAAAAGGCUUUUCAUGCAAAUGUCACAAAGUUGUCAUAUGAUUGGGAAAGUUGCAGGGGUCUCUCGUGGGUUGACAACCCUCCUACAGUUCUGCCCAUCGUUAUUGAGCUCAUUACUAGUGGCAUAAGAUUCUGGCUUUACAGUGGCGAUAUUGAUAGUGUAGUUCCUGUAGCAUCAACAAGGUACUCCAUCAAAAUACUCGGGUUGCCAAUCAAGAACGCAUGGCGCCCAUGGUAUCUCAAUGAAGAGGUUGGAGGCUAUGUCGAGGAAUACGAAGGAUUGACGCUAGUAACGGUGAGAGGAGCAGGGCAUAUGGUUCCCAGUAAUCAGCCUGAACGAUCAUUAGCUAUGUUCUCUUCAUUCCUCAAAGGACAACUUCCACCGAAGAUGCACAAAUAAUGCAAUCUUUUAAUGAGAGGCUCCAUAUAUAUAUUUCGCCCUCUUGGUCAAGUGUAAAAUGUUAGCAUGAGAUGGAUAAUAAAGUUACAGUACUUCAG